AUGAGGGGGAAGGGGAGGAUGGAGCCUGGUAUCUGGCUGAAGCGGCACCGGUUAUUCUGGAUGACAUCGGCGGUGGCGGCAGUGUAUGUCCUCCUCCUGGGCUGCGAGCUCCCAUGGAUGCUUGCACGGGUCGCCACCUACUCUUUCUCCGCCGACGGCGCCGGCGACGGUGGCGGUUUCGAAUCUGCCGGGAAUCUUGGGGGGUCCGUGCACCGGAAGCUUCAUCCUCUGGAUAGCGAGGAGGAGAUCCUCCAGAGAGGUGCUCCUCUUCGCCCGGAGAAGUUCUCCUUCCGGGUACCUGCGUUGAUCCCGCCGUCGUCCGCCGAUCAGGGGGGCAGCCCCGGCCGGGGAUCCGCAACGGCUUCGCUGCACAUGAUUUUUGAGGGUAUGGACAAAAACGGCGGAUCGUUUUCCGAGCUCCAUAAGUCCGCCGCUCAUGCAUGGAGGAUCGGCAUGGAGGUGUUCAGGGACCUUAAGUCGGGGAAAUUGGCAGCUGCUGUGACAGCGGCGGUGGAGGAGAGAAACGGGACUGAAGAGUCGUGCCCUCACUCGAUCUCGCUGUCGGGGAAUGAGUUUCGGGAGAGGGGUAGGGUGCUGGUAAUUCCCUGCGGGCUGACGUUAGGGUCUCACAUUACGCUCGUUGCAAGGCCGUACCAGGCACAUGCCGAGUUCGAUCCGAAGAUAUCGGUGCCCAGGGAGGGGGAUCAGGCAGUGAUGGUUUCUCAGUUCAUGAUGGAGCUGCAGGGCCUCAAGAAUGUGGAUGGCGAGGAGCCACCAAGGAUACUCCACUUCAAUCCUCGGCUGAAGGGAGACUGGAGUGGUAAGCCUGUGAUCGAACAGAACACGUGCUACCGCAUGCAAUGGGGAACUCCCCUAAGGUGCGAAGGAUGGAAGUCCAGGGCAGACGAAGAGAGAGGUAUUUUGUGUGGCCAUUCAUAACUAUGCUUUAUUCUGCAUCCUAGGCUUGUAUUAUAUUUUGGAAAAAAUAUAUAUAUCGUUGUCAUGGAAAAAUAGUAGUCUGGCUCUAUUUUCGUAGUCAGCUGCUGCAUUUAUUCACCAAAAUUCCGUAAUUUCAAGGUUUGCGUCGGUGGUGGGUUGAGGGAGUUACUGCCCUGGUUUGGGCUUAUUGCGUCAUGCUUCCCGUGGGUGAUGAUAGUUGACUUUAGGCAACUUUCUGACCGAUUUCAUUCUUAACUUGGUUGAAAUGUUCUCUGCACGCAGUUGACGGGCUUGUGAAAUGCGAGAAGUGGAUUCGAGACGAUGAUGAUCACUCAGAGGAGUCAAAGACAGCAUGGUGGUUAAAUCGAUUGAUUGGUCGAACGAAGAAGGUCUCAAUUGAUUGGCCAUAUCCAUUUGCUGAAGAAAAGCUUUUCGUCCUCACGCUUAGUGCUGGUCUUGAAGGUUACCACGUCAAUGUUGAUGGGAGGCACAUUACCUCAUUUCCGUAUCGCACAGUAAGUGCAUUCUCAAAGAUUCCGUCGUUGUUCAUUUUAUUGGUUUUUUCGUUUUAUCAUUUGUUCUGCCAAUUAGCUCUGACAAUAUGCUUUAUCUGCAGGGGUUUGUUCUUGAGGAUGCCACUGGGUUCUCAUUGAAUGGGGACCUUGAUGUGCAAUCCAUUUUUGCUUUAUCCUUGCCCACAUCACACCCUAGCUUUGCCCCCCAAAGGCAUUUGGAAAUGAACAGCAGAUGGCAAGCACCACCACUACCUGAUAAUCCCGUUGAACUCUUUAUUGGCAUUCUUUCAGCUGGCAAUCAUUUUGCUGAAAGAAUGGCUGUGAGAAAGUCAUGGAUGCAAUCAACAAGAAAAUCACAGAAUGUGGUGGCACGUUUUUUCGUCGCCAUGGUAAAAUUCAUUGCUACUCUAUUGACUUUUCAUGGUACUGAGUAAUCUGUAUGGUGGAUUCUUUCUUAGGGUUUUUUUUCUUGACUGCAGCAUGCAAGGAAGGAAGUUAAUUUAGAGCUAAUGAAAGAAGCAGAGUUCUUUGGUGAUAUCAUUAUCGUACCAUUUAUGGACAGCUAUGAUCUUGUCGUUUUGAAGACUCUUUCUAUUUGUGAGUACGGGGUAAGCACUGCAUACAAGCCUUAAACAUAAUUAUAGUUGAACUUUAUAAUUCGUAAUAACAUAACAUAUUGCUUUGACAUGUGGUAACUUUUGUCUUUUGCUUGAAACAGGUACAUGCUGCAUCUGCGAAGUAUAUCAUGAAGUGUGAUGAUGAUACCUUUGUUAGAGUUGAUGCAGUGCUUAGGGAAAUAAAGGAAGUUCCCAAUGGACAAAGUUUCUAUGUGGGGAACAUAAAUUAUUACCACAAGCCAUUGCGAGAGGGCAAGUGGGCAGUCACAUAUGAGGUACUAAACACCCAUAUCCUGUCACGUCAUAAAUUAACAUUGUUUCCUAGAAUACAUAAAUAUGUUUGAAUUGUUGCCUUGAGGUAUUAAGUUCUAUGGCACCAGUGGAAAUACCGUCUGGGAUCUACCAAAAGAGUGUCUUUCCAACACAACUUUCCUAUCAAAUUUUAAUGUUCUUUGUGUUAUUCUCUAUUCCUAUCUGUAGUAUCACCCACUGAUCUUCUAGAGAUGCGGUUGGUUGGUCGUCCUUUUAGAAUUAAUAGGUGAAACAAAGUAAAGGCUGAUGGAUGGUUAUUUCAUUUCUGUGAGAAAAUGAAGUUGUAAAUGCAAUACCUCCUGAACAUUGGAUCCCCAUUUUCUACGCAUCGGAUUUAUUAAACGACUCACUGAAAGCGAGGUUCACUUCAAAGAAUGAUAACUACACGGACUGUAGCUCCAGUGGCUACCAUCUGGCUCUGUGCAUCCAACUACGCAUGAACCCUAAUCUUUGCCAGGCUCGGUGUAACCUGAAAAUCGAUUUCGGCAUAGAAUGCAUUCUUUUCUUCAGGAAUAGUUCGUCAGCUUUACAAGGUCCCAAUUUCUAGUCAUCAUGUGGGUCAGCAGAGAUCAUGUAUUAAUGAGAAACACUUGAAGUGACAUAAAAAGUGACGCUGCUUAGGAAUUCCUGUAUUUAUUUUCUCUCUGUGAAUUCCAAUUUAUGCUUUCAUGCCACUAAUUUCUCCAGCCAAAUGCUAACCUUUGCCUUCUUUUCUCAAAACCCAGGAAUGGCCCGAGGAAGAUUAUCCCCCCUAUGCAAAUGGGCCUGGCUACAUUAUCUCCUCUGACAUUGCACGCUUUAUUUUCUCUGGAUUCGAGAGGCACACAUUGAGGGUAAAUUCCAUUCCUCGUUUAUUUAAUCUUGAUGAUUAAACUUAGACAACAUCAUUUCACAUAAUGUGGGUCGACGAUUUCCAUCAUAUGCAGCUAUUUAAGAUGGAGGACGUGAGCAUGGGAAUGUGGGUCGAGCUGUUCAACACAACGAGGCCGGUGGCAUAUGUCCAUGACGUCAAGUUCUGCCAGUUUGGAUGCAUCGACGACUACUACACCGCCCACUACCAGUCGCCCCGCCAGAUGCUCUGCAUGUGGGACAAGCUCCAGGCCGGGCGGCCCCAGUGCUGCAACAUGAGAUGA